AUGUCGAUAGCCUCCUCUCCAAAUAGAAGGUACAAGCUGAGCUCCCUUCGAUACUGGGAGAUCAAAAUGAUGCCUACGGAGAGAAAGGAAUACGCGGGUCACUUGAUGCCAACCUUCCGCGGGUCAAUUGCAAAAUUUGGAUACAAAGGAAAAAACAGGCGGAUCACCAUCGAGACUUAUACUCCACACGCACCAGAAGAAACAGCGGAACCACGAGAAUCUUCUAUUGAUAAUGAGAGAUCAUUUAAUAAGAUGAUGGCAGGCAGGUCAAGCAAAGCAGGGAUUCAAGCCAAUAUGCUGGGGGAAGAAGAUAUUAUUCUCUUUCGAAUGUUCAAGGCGAGGCCAACGAAAUCGAAAAUGGCUAAGAAUACAGUAGACGAUGGACAAUGGGACCUCGAAUCACUAGCCGAUUUUUCAUUAGAUGUCGAUGGUGAAGAGGGAAAAGAAUUCCAUUGGCAUGAAAAAUAUAGGAUGCGACUCUUCUAUGUCAAUAUUGUAAGCUCUGCUGGUAAAUCCUGUCGACUGAAACUUGGAGUUGGAAAUGAUACGAAGAUUCGGACAAUGACCUUUGAUACGGAAGCUGAAAACGAAAGCUUCAUGGAAGUAUUCCGCGCAAUGAAAGACUUGCAAAAGGAAAGAGCGGAUAGACUGGCAGCAGAAUACAAGGAGAAAAACCCCAACCUGUCAAACAAGGGCAAGGACUCCUCAAGCAAGGGCAAAGAACUCUUGGCUGUUGACGAGGAUGAAACAGACUCAUCAGACGUAUUACGUGCAAACAAAAGUCAAGAUGCAAAUGAUGACGAGAUCGAUGACGAGGAGUCUAUCAUUAGGGCUCCUACUACUCCUGCAGGUCCUCCUCCUACGGGCCUAAAGAAACUGAGAGCAAGUGGCUUGAAGUCUGUGAAAUCUAUGAGACCCAAUAUGUCAUCAGUGCGACUUCCAAAACCAAAGAUGCCAAGUAUGCCAAAUCUGAAAAAAAGAUCAAAUGCGCUUCAAUUACUCGAAGAAAGUGGCGAGACUAUUGAUCUGUUAAUAGAGGUUGUGUCGGCAUGCAAUCUUCCCGCUGCUGAUAAGCACAAAUCUGAUCCCUAUGUGCGGAUAUUCGAUGGCGACACUGUUGUCCACAAGACGAAGCACAUUUUGAAAACCUUGAAUCCAGUAUGGACACUGUCACAAAAUUGCUUCUUCCUAUAUCGGCCAGCAGCCGAAGUCUUUUUCGAAUCACCUGAACUUGUUUUCGAAAUCCGUGAUUGGGAUGCAAUUGGAAAGGACACAACGCUUGGGACAGUCAGUGUCAACAAGCAAGAUAUCAUCAAGGGGGACGGAGGGAGAAAGGAAUACAAGAUUAUCUUGAAUAGCGAGUUUGCGAAACCGAACGAUGAUCCAAUACUACUUGCCCUUCGAUUCCGCCAGGCGACUGAUAAGGACAUUGAAUUCAUGAAGGCUUACGCGAUGAACAGAAAGAAGAACAACAAAGCGGUAUUCGCUGACGAAACCUGUGUGCCGCCGAAAGUUCACAGAGAAGUUAACAAGCUGAAAGUGUUGAAGAAAGAGAAACACGGAACGACAAAGUUUUUGGUGAAGCCAGGACCAGACCCCGACCCUGAUCGUGCAGACAAAACGAAGUGGAUGAACUACUUUGAAAUCGAGUCGGAGGUUGUGGAACCAUCAAGAGAAUGGAUAGAAGCUGGCUCUGGAUCGCUGGGGAAACUUUAUGUCGAAGUGUUGCAUUGCGACGACCUGCCAAAUCUUGAUUUUAGUAUUACAGGAAGAAAUAAAACCGAUCCGUUUGUCUGCCUUGUAUUUGAGGACGCGAUCGGCCAUACGGACGUGUUGAAUGACCUUCUGUCACCGAGGUGGAUGCCGUGGACACAGCGUGCGUUUGUUUUCAAUAUAUUACAUCCAAAUUCACAGCUUUUUAUCGGAGUGUUUGACUUCGAUACCGCAGAUCCAAACCAUGAUGUCGUGGGCCGUGCAACAUGUAACAUUACCAAUUUUCACCCCGACACAAUUUACACAGUGAAGUAUAAACUUCAUUCUGUAAUCAACUUCGAAAGGAAGGUUCGGGGGACAAUCACGCUGCGCAUAAGGGUUGAAUGGAACAAUCCGAGAAAGGCCUUGCUCUCUGGUUAUUCUCUCUCGCGGGAACCGGAGUACAUCUCCGUGGCGAAGAAGGCAUUCUUCCGGACUGUAUCUUUUACGCUAACUGAAGAGCCUAGCCCGUACAAGUUAAGCUUGAACACGAUGUCUUCUUACAUCAACGAGUUGUGGACAUAUUGGGAAUUCACGCAUAUCAUCGAGUACUUUAUGUGCCUCCUUCUGUGGAAGUCGCAUUUUCGUCUGCGGCUAUAUUUACCAGUUCUGAAGGAAAAAGUAAUUUAUCUUCCACUCAGGUCGAUGAUGGCCUUCGCAUGGGGGAUAGCUCUGACACGUAAUUUUGAGCUAUUCCCUUCCUUUCUUGCUUUCACUGUGGCGUCGGUACUGAUCGCAACACUAGAUGGCCAAAUUACUCGGCCAUCGCCAUGGGAACGACCUCGGGGUAUCGUUGACUUCCUCGGGGUUCUUCUCUUUAACAAGACUUCGCGGUAUCCACGUGUUACCGAGUUCGACGGCCGUGAGCAGAUCACGGAAUUCGAAGCUCUCGAAAAAGCUAUUAAAAAGUCGCAAGAGGAAGUCUUGGCCGCAUACUACGAAGAAUCUAACAAUUUCUACGCUCAGGCUCAAGAAACAAGCUUUGGUGCUGCUGAUGUGAGCAUUGCAACUCAGACAAAAGGGGUAGGCGAUAUUCUGAUGGGUCCUUUCGUUCCCACUUUGCUUCCGGUACAGCUAUGGUUGCAUUGGUUUUGCAGGAAAUUCCGAAUCAUAAAGGGAGUUGUCUUGUGGCGGGAUAGCUAUACGGCUUUUUGGAUUGUUGCCACCAGCAUUACAACAUCAUUUGUUUUUGCAUUUCUGCCGUGGUCUUUCAUUCUGAGAAAUCUGUUCAAAAUCUGUGUUUGGUUAUUCCUUGGACCGUGGAUGAAGCUUGCAGAUAUCUUUUACUUCAAGUACAAGUCCCGUUAUGAGAAAACUCCAGAGGAGAUUGAGGAAGAUCUGAAGGUCGAGUUGCAAAAUCUGAGUAACCAAUGGUCUGGCUUUUCCAAAGAUCGUAAGAUUAUCUUUGAAAAAGCUGCAAAAGACAAAGAUAUGAAGACUUAUUUGUUUGGUGGGUACGUGAUGCCUGUUCCGAUUCUGAAGGAGGAAUUUGAAUACGACGACCCCCUUCUUGGUUCCACGGCCGAGCCUAUAGAUUCUGAUUAUGGUGAAGCUUUUUGCGAUGUAAAUGUCACCACUCGGAAGUAUGGACAGCAAUUGUUUGGAAAUAUGAUUCCUAUCCGAGAGAAAGAUAUGAUGUUGCAAAGGCAAAGCGAAGCACAGGCGGGUCUUGAAGCUUCCGUGAAAUCCCUUGGCGCUAUCGCUGAGAUGGAUGAAUUGGAUGCUGAAAGUGUAUGA